GAACAUCACGACGCUGGUCAACGACCGUGACAAUCUAGGCAAGACGGCCCUGCACUACUCAGCCUACAGCGGUUCCGUCAGUGGGGUCAAGACCUUGCUGGAACUUGGGGGGAACAUUCUGAUCAAGGACAAGAACAAACAGUCACCCUUCCACGUUGCAUUGGUGUAAGUAACGCUCACUGAGAACGUCCCCAUGAGAGUCAAAGUAAGGCCGUUGUGUCAGUAUACGUUAUUUUAGUCUAUAGGGUAGUCACCACUUUGUCAAAAGUAAAGCCUUUAUUCUGCAGAUACUGCUGUUUAAGAUGAACUUCCUCAAGUAGAUCUGCCCAAAUGUAAAGUUAGCAGAUAAAUGUUAAAUCACAGACAGCAUGUAAAAGAACUUGUGCAGUAUGACAAUCAGAAUUUUGUUUUAAAAACAUGUAGGUCUUUCUAAUGAGACUAGCGGCGCUAGUGAAGAAUCGACGAAAAUAUUUAUUUAUUUUUUUUAGCGUUUUUGGGUCCCCAUAUAUUUGGUUUUAAAAACUUUUUAAAAAUGUUUUUAAUUAAUUUAAAUUAUUUAUUAAAAGAUAUUAGAACAUUUUGUAAAAUAUUAUUUUGUUAACCUUAUAAAUGGGUAAAAAGUCUUUUUUUUUUUUAAAUGGUUUUAAUUUUUAAAGAUUCGAUUCAUGUACUUAGAAUCGCCCGACCACAUUGAAUUUGGCAUCAAUGGAAAGCUUUAUUUCUCAGAAUUUAGAUAAAUAUAGCUUCCUUUCUGUUACGAUAGUUAUCGAACACUUCAACCCCUUGAAUGGUGACACCCGGUGCGGUCCACACAUACACUCGCACCCCCACCCCUAGCUACGCCCUGCCUGAUCCUAUCAGUGGGUAAUUUCAUGACACAAAUCGUUGACGAAGGCACUGCACUCUCACUACGACAUAGGGCAGUAGAUUUCGUCGCAUGUUAUAGAAAAUGAUAAUUUAACUCUUUUUUUUUCUUAACACUUUGACCCACUGGGUAUUUUCUCAAAAUACCCGGACCCGGUGUAAAAAGCGUGCAACCGGUUAAGACCCUUGUUUCUCCUACUCUCCGCCUCCAGCGCUGGCCGAUACAACACCAUCCUCAUCAUGCUGGCCUCACCUAAAGGCAACUAUGCCCAGAACGACCGGGACGGUGAGGGCCUGACGCCGAUACACCUUGCGGCCCUCUACAGGCGAGUCAACAUUCUCUCAACCCUGGUACAGCGAGGGGCGCUAAUGAAGAGGUACACGAAGCUUUGCAACACUCACUUCUGA